GGCCGAGUGCACAUUUUCCCAGAGACGCGAUUCCCACCUGCUGAGCAGAGCAGCAGCCACCAUGGAGGUGAUGAACCUUAUUGAACAGCCCAUCAAAGUGACGGAGUGGCAGCAGACAUACACCUACGACUCAGGCAUCCACUCAGGCGUCAACACCUGCGUGCCCUCUGUCAGCAGCAAGGGCAUCAUGGAUGAGGACGAUGCCUGCGGCAGACAGUACACACUCAAGAAGACUACCACCUAUACACAAGGGGUGCCACAGAACCAAGGUGAUCUGGAGUACCAGAUGUCCACGACGGCCAGAGCCAAGCGGGUGCGGGAAGCCAUGUGUCCAGGUGUCUCAGGCGAGGACAGUUCUCUACUAUUGGCCACCCAGGUGGAUGGGCAGACGACCAACCUGCAGCGCCUGGCCGAGCCAUCCCAGUUACUCAAGUCGGCCAUUGUACACCUCAUCAACUACCAGGAUGAUGCAGAGUUGGCCACCCGGGCUCUACCUGAGCUCACCAAGCUGCUCAACGAUGAGGACCCGGUAGUGGUGACCAAGGCGGCUAUGAUUGUGAACCAGCUGUCCAAGAAAGAGGCAUCCCGCCGUGCCCUCAUGGGCUCACCGCAGCUGGUAGCGGCGGUGGUGCGUACCAUGCAGAACACCAGUGACCUGGAUACUGCCCGGUGCACCACCAGCAUCCUGCACAACCUCUCCCACCACCGAGAGGGGCUGCUGGCCAUCUUCAAGUCUGGAGGCAUCCCUGCACUAGUCCGAAUGCUCAGUUCCCCCGUAGAGUCUGUCCUGUUCUACGCUAUCACCACACUGCACAACCUGCUGCUCUACCAGGAGGGCGCCAAGAUGGCGGUGCGUCUGGCAGACGGGCUGCAGAAGAUGGUGCCCCUGCUCAACAAGAACAACCCUAAGUUCCUGGCCAUCACCACUGACUGCCUGCAGCUCCUGGCCUAUGGCAACCAGGAAAGCAAGCUGAUCAUCCUGGCCAAUGGGGGACCCCAGGGCCUUGUGCAGAUCAUGAGGAACUACAGCUACGAGAAGCUUCUGUGGACCACCAGCCGUGUGCUCAAGGUGCUCUCCGUGUGUCCCAGCAACAAGCCUGCCAUCGUGGAGGCUGGUGGGAUGCAGGCUCUGGGCAAGCACUUGACAAGCAAUAGCCCCCGCCUGGUGCAGAAUUGCCUGUGGACUCUGCGCAAUCUCUCAGAUGUGGCCACCAAGCAGGAGGGCCUGGAGAGUGUGCUGAAGAUCCUGGUCAACCAGCUGAGUGUGGACGAUGUCAACGUCCUCACCUGUGCCACGGGCACCCUCUCCAACCUGACCUGCAACAAUAGCAAAAACAAGACACUGGUGACGCAGAACAGUGGCGUGGAGGCACUCAUCCACGCCAUCCUGAGAGCCGGAGACAAGGAUGACAUCACAGAGCCUGCCGUCUGCGCCCUGCGCCACCUUACCAGCCGCCACCCCGAGGCUGAGAUGGCCCAGAACUCUGUGCGCCUCAACUAUGGGAUCCCGGCCAUUGUGAAACUGCUCAACCAGCCGAACCAGUGGCCACUGGUCAAGGCGACUAUUGGCCUGAUCCGGAACCUGGCUCUGUGCCCAGCCAACCAUGCCCCUCUGCAGGAGGCUGCAGUCAUUCCCCGCCUCGUCCAGCUGUUGGUCAAGGCUCACCAGGAUGCCCAGCGACAUGUGGCUGCAGGCACCCAGCAGCCCUACACAGACGGUGUAAGGAUGGAGGAGAUCGUGGAGGGCUGCACCGGAGCCCUGCACAUCCUCGCCCGGGAUCCCAUGAACCGCAUGGAAAUCUUCCGGCUCAACACCAUUCCCUUGUUUGUCCAGCUCCUGUACUCCUCUGUGGAGAACAUCCAGCGUGUGGCGGCCGGAGUCCUGUGCGAGCUGGCCCAGGAUAAGGAGGCAGCCGACGCCAUUGAUGCAGAGGGCGCCUCUGCCCCUCUCAUGGAACUGCUCCACUCCCGCAAUGAGGGCACAGCGACCUAUGCUGCCGCUGUCCUGUUCCGCAUCUCCGAGGACAAGAACCCAGAUUACCGUAAGCGAGUGUCUGUGGAACUCACCAACUCGCUCUUCAAGCAUGACCCAGCUGCCUGGGAGGCUGCCCAGAGUAUGAUCCCAAUCAACGAACCCUAUGCAGAUGACAUGGAUGCCACCUACCGUCCCAUGUACUCCAGCGAUGUGCCUCUGGACCCACUGGAGAUGCACAUGGACAUGGAUGGAGACUAUCCCAUGGACACCUACAGUGAUGGCCUGAGGCCUCCCUACCCCACUGCAGACCACAUGCUGGCCUAGCUGGCUCCACCUCAGAGCUGUUUCUCACCUGGAAGGCUCUGGAGAGCAGACUGUGGGACGAGACAGAAAAGUACCUGAGCCCCCGGGAGCCAGCCUGGACUUCCUGCUGAACACAUGCUCAGAGAGCUCCUCUGUAGGGAUUUUGGGAUGGUGUCUGCUCCCAAUUUUCUGUCCUGGGCUGGGGAUCCAGGCUCAGCACUUUCUCCCCUUCCCCACCAUGGCUAUGGCCACUAAAGCUUUAGACUCAGCCUGUGUCCCUGCACAGCAACCCUUUCUGCUGACUCCAGCUGCCUGGACCCCCACCCCAGCCCCAGGGCUUCCUUUCUUUUUCUGGGUCAGUUUCCUCACUGAACUUGAGCUUCCAACUGCCCUGACCUCCUGGGAUAUCCAAAACACAGGUUCAAGGCCCCAACCCCUGACAUCCAAAGAUUCUUUUGAAAAGUUCAGGGACCUUCUUGGGGAUCAGGGGGGAGAGUGGAGACAUUAAGUGCCCCUGCCAGGACCUGCCCUUCCCUUCAGGAUGCUAAAUCUACUUUGCCCCUCCCAAGGAGGGAGCUCUUGGUGAGGCUCCCUCUCACAUUGGUCCACACUGGCCCAUCACCUGCAGAACUGCUCUAGCUCACCCCUCUGGUGUGUGGUGAGGGGCUUUCUUCUCCCCCUCCUGUUUGACUCCCACCACCUCCUACACAUGGGUUUGGGGGGCACGGAAAGGGAAGUCCCCUCAGAGAGUCUUAUUAUCAAUGCUUUAUGUUUUGGUUAUUGGUUUUUCUUUUCUUUUUGUUUUUGUAUAGACCAAAGCAAAGAAAAUAAAAUAACACAGAGAUCCAGUGGAGGCUGUUAAAAGCAUUGUGGUGUGGUGUAGGGAAGUAAGGGGCAUAAUGGGGUGACAUACCUCUCCUGCUGUCCCCCCUUGGCUGAGCCUUGCAUGUCCUCGGGGUUGGAUGAGGCAAAUGGAGAGAAGUGAGCGUUUGCAGAGCGCGAGUCCAUGAAUGAUUUAAUUCCGUGUUCACACAGAACUUUAGGGGUCUAGGACACAGGAUAGGUGACCAAGAGCUUCUGAUGUAGGGACACACCAGGCUGUAUUGGUUCCCAGGGAAGCUCCUUGCUGGCUUCAGCCUCUGCUGCCCUGCUGUAACGUGGAUGUGACAGAUGUCCCCUAUACCCUAGCUCUCCAUGGCCUAUGGCUUACUAAUACAGUCUACUUGUUGGCCAGAAGUGGGCACACCCCAGCCCCUGUCCUCCUCUCCCUCAUGACUCCUUGCUGCUCACAAACCAGUAAAGCAUGCUUC